AUGUUUGCGGUACCCAACGCGAAAAGGGUCAAACGAUCACGUCUCUUCCACGAAGAUGACGACUCGCACGCCUCACGCGCUUCGUCAAGAUCCAUAUCACCAGGCGAACUGCCAAGUGAUAUUGCAGAGGUAUCGUACGGCUUCGAGUACGAUUUCGUGACGCCUACGUUGUCGGACGUGAAGACUUCUCGGCCUCCGGUCGCGCCUCUUCCACUUGAUGACGCUGAGAAACCAGAGUAUGAAUUCCGACUCUUCGCGCCGGGCCCGAGCUCUAGGGCACAGCAUCGUCAGGACCAGCCAGGUACAGCUGAUGCAAAGGUCAGGCUGUCGGCAACGCCAGAACCUAUUGCUCUCGCGGACGUGCUGUCGCUGGAUAAAGCGCAUUUCGUCCACCCAAACCGCCCAGAGAGUUAUUAUUUUACCGCAGCACUCCCAGAAGAUACCGUCCGGCAGUUAAAGGCCGAAUAUGCCGCUGUUGCAAUGUCUAGCACGGACGUUAUUUCCCUGGCAGAGUCAACCCGAUGGCCAGGGACGGCACUUCCGUGGCGGGUGGUUCAAGUCGGAUUACUCAACAAGCAGUCUAGGUCCAGAGUACAACAGCUGUCAACGCAGGUUGACUCGACGACUAGCCAGCGUAACAGUUCAGUGCAACCGAAAGCCCGGGCCAGGACCAGACCAUCCAAGAAACGUCGGAUCCUCGUCCGUCGACGGCUCGCUCUGCGGAAGGAACUCGCCAGCCAAGCGAAAGCGACGGAAGAAAUGGAGCGAGAGAAACGCACUCGACGAAAUCGCGAGAAGAAAGUCAAGAAAAAGGAGAGGGAGAAGAGGAAGAAAAGCGAAGCCGGUGGCGACGAGCAGGGCAUGGAGCGGGGGGAUCCUUGA